ACAACCGGAGAUGGUGUAUAACAAAGUCUAUCAAGGACAACUAUCACAAAAUUCGGUGUUCCUAGCUUGACUUGAAAGAAUUGCUGGGUAUAGUUUCCAGUCAUAAAUGAUGGAAGAUAAGGGCAAGUCAGUCGAAGGGAAUAAAAACAACAUAACGACAGUCGAAGAAAAAUUGCGUUUGUGUAGACGGGAGCUGAAAGGAUAUCCUGAGCUCAUUUCACGGUCGUUUGUAAAUGUUGACAAAAGUAACAGGGAGUCUGCCGAUGAAGGAAGGACGAAUAAUUGCUUCAAAGUUAUGCAGUACAAUAUACUGGCAGAUGCUCUUGGGACAGGAGCUGGAAACUUUGAAAAAGUCCCAAAAGACUGUCUUCCUUGGAGUUUCAGGAAACAUAGGAUUAUAGAGCAAAUUCUUCACCUGGAUCCAGAUGUUGUUUGUUUGGAAGAAGUUGAUCAUUUUCAUGAUGUUUUUCAACCAUUAUUUGAGGAGUUGGAUUUCAGUGGAUUCUUUUUUCCUAAAAAAGAUUCACCAUGCUUGAGAACCCCAGAUAAUAAUGGGCCAGAUGGAGUUGCAAUCUUUUAUCGAAAAUCCAAAUUUUCAUUAAUUGAAAUUGAUUCAAGAUACCUUAACAACACAGAGAAACAACCUAGUAACCAGCCAGUUUUAAUUUGCAUGUUGCAGAGUAAACAGAGUGAAAAAUGUGUAUGUUUUGCAGCUACCCAUUUUAAAGCAAAAAAAGGUUUUGAGGAAUUACGGGCAGUGCAAGCUAAAUCAUGUCUGCAUUUCAUAGAAGAAUUUAGGAAAAAGGUCAGCCCAGAAUCUGCUGUCAUUUUAUGUGGAGAUUUUAAUGGGGCUCCAUCUGAGAAGUUUUAUGAAAUAUUAGAAAAUCAUUGUGGAAAAUAUCUUCAAAGUGCUUACAAAGAAGCAAACGGAAAGGAAUUAACUUAUACUACAUGGAAAAUUAGACAGGACAAUGAAACAAAGCACACAAUAGAUUAUAUAUGGUUUUCACAUGAGCAGCUAAAAGUUGUGUCUUUUUUAGAUCUCCCUGUUGAGGACGAUGUACCUGAAUCAAGGUUUCCUAGCUUUUCAUGCCCUUCUGAUCACCUACCACUUUGUUGUGAAUUUUCUUUUAAAGAUUAAUAGUGUUGUUUAAAAUUUUUAUCUAAUCUUUUUAUACUUGGAA